UUUUGUUUAAAAAUAAGAGAUAAUAAUUAGGCUAUCAAGGUAGGUCAUAACUGAGGUAGGAUAAAUACGAAUUUUGCGAGAUACGUAGUCAGUUCGUUUCGAAAAGUCAACGGAACUGACUCCAAAAUGAAGUUCAUAAUCCUCGCCGCCCUCGUCGCCUUAGCCGUCGCCGCUCCCCCGAGCAACGACGAGCAACUCAUCGUCACCAAGAAGUUCUACCCUGACUCCUUCGCCAUCUACUCUGCCAAGCACGACAUCGUCGACAUCGUCGUCCCUCUCAACCAGAUCAACUACUCCGAAGACAGCAAGGAAGAUACCGACGAAACCACCCUCACUGUCUUCUUCGUCGAAGCCGACAUCAAGAACGAUGGCACUUACGACUACAAGGGAGUCUCCGCCUACAAAAACGGAGUCACCAAGAAGGUCCUCGAGAACGGACAGUGCGUGACCUACGCCAAGAACAAGAUCGUCUACAUCGGCGCCAGCGACGGCAUCUACAAGUACAACGAGCACGACCAGACCGCCACUAAAUAUGGCACCGUCACCGACAACGUCAUCAGAAUGUCCGUGGAUACUGAGCACGCUCACGUUUACUACCUGACUUCUGACCACGUCCUGUACAAGUACAAUGAAGGUGAGAAGGUCGCUACUAAAGUUGAGGCUGUCAAAGACGCUAGGGACAUCGCUUUCGAUUACGACGGUAUCAUGUUCUUCUACGAUGGAAACCACCAGUUCUACACUUACAACGGCCAGACCGUGCACAAGAUUGAGGGUCUUCCCACGCACCCGAGCAAGGUAGCUCUUAUCAGGCCUCCCGUGUUGGUCAACCAGGCUUUCGCUGUGAUUGACGGACGUCUCUACGAGCUGAACGCAGAUGGCACCAGUGAGCAGGCACCUAUCAAGUUCCAGUCCCAACCCACCGCGUACGCUCCUGACACCAUCCUGUACCAGUACUACGCUUACAAGCAGAAGGUCUACUUGUACAACCUGGUCACUCUCUUCGAUGACAAGAACAUUGAAGAGCUGAACGAGUACUUCGAGGAUAAGAAGGAACAGAUCAACACUUACAAGAACACUAAGGUUUCUAGCCGUCUGUAAAUUGUUCCGACACUUUCGACUUUCGACUGAAUAAAAUUUUGUUUUGAUUUA